AGAAAGAGAGGGAGGGAGAGAGAGAGAGAGAGAGCGAGACAGAGAGAGAGAUAAAGGAAGAGAACACAAGCGAGAGAGUGAAAGAGAAGGAGGAGUGACAGAAAGGGAAAGAAAAGAGGGAAGAAAGAGACUCAUUAAGCCAAGUUCCUCUCAGCACUCGUUCUGCUACACAGACUCUCUCUCUCCUCCUUUCUCUCUCUCUCUUUCUCUCUCACUCACACACACACACACACACACACACACUCAAAAACACAAAGCAGAAGUGGACAAAGACACACGGUUUCUGUCGCCGCAGUUGGCUAUGGCUCAGGGCUCUGACAGCAAUGACACAAGUUACAAGUCCCCAUCUCCUGGAAGCAGACCGAGCUCCUCAGAUGAUGCGAAGAAGGUGAUGAGGCGGGAAAAGAACCGGAUUGCUGCUCAGAAGAGCAGGAUGAGGCAAACUCAGAAAGCUGACAGCCUACAUUUGGAAAGUGAGAACCUGGAGAAGGAGAACGCUGCCCUGAGGAAGGAGGUGAAGCAGCUGACCGAAGAGGCCAAGUAUCUGUCAUCCGUGCUGAGCAGCCACGAACCUCUGUGCACCGGCCUGACUCCCCAGACCCCAGACCUCCUCUACCCUACUCAUCACAGCAGCUAUCACCACCAGCACAUCACUGUACCACACUACCAGCACUGACCUGGAUGACUACUGAGACGGCCGAAAGACGUGCUGCGAACAGAUGACUGACCUCAAUGGAGAGAAAGACUGACUGGAGAUGUGUCUAUAAAUGUUAAUCACUGUUCAAAACUGAUCAAGGAGUAACAUGACAGGCCAAUAUGUCUGCCAAACAAUGACAGUAUGGAACCCAAACUGUAUGCAGUAUUCAAAACUAUUUAUUUUGCUUCUGCUCAUGUCUUUGCUUUAAUCUGAUAAUAUCAGUGAUCUGUAUGUGAACUUUCACGGCUCAAUAAGUAGAAUUAUAAACCAGUCUUAUGUUUACAUUGGGAGAAAAAAAAAACAUACUGUAUGUUCAGGUGACUCAGAUGACACAGUAUUUUUGUAAAUUGCUUAUUUUUAGUGUCACAGAGAGAUCCUCUGUCACCUCGUCAUAUUUUGAGUUUCUUGUGUUUAUUAAUGUGUUUUAGUCUGUAAAUGUGGAUCGAUAAUGCUCAGGAGCUUUUUGACAGAUUUGAUUGUGGACAAACAAGAAUGUAAAGUCAAGAUCCUCAAAAAAAGGCUUUUGGUUUACCAAAAAGAAAUGACUGGCAGUGAGGAGAGGGCAUUCAAAGGGUCUUGACUUGUGUAUUGGUGAUAAUUGCUGGUACGUGACAAGACCCAGCAAAGAUAUUUAUUAAAUGUAAUGCCUUUUAGGUGAUUGUUUCUGACCUUGUUUCAUGUCUGCAUGCAACAUGUAAAGUCUGAACUGGUGCUUCUAACAGGG